UUUUCACUUCCUGCACUCUCGGUGCCUUUGUCUCCGCUGGACGCAGCUUAAGGCACACCUGAGAGGUGAAAAGACAGAGGGGACAAGGGGGACAGUCCCCUCCCAGCACCGGUUUCACCUGAGACCGCCCAGGACCUCUUUAUUAAGGUCUCGAGGAGCUGAGGAUCGGGGCACCAAGAUGGCCAGAGGGAGCCCAGGUCCGUGGUUUGUACUCUGGGUCAGCUUGGUGCUGGCGGUGGACUCCGGUGAGGGAAAGGAGGAAAAACCCUUCGGUGAAACAUGCCUGGAGGAUUUUACAGCGGGGAUGCCGGGUUUGGUGCUGGAUACAGACGCCUCUGUCCAGAACGGAGCCACCUUCUUAUCGUCCCCCAUGGUGGAACGGGGCAGGGACUGCAUGAGAGCCUGCUGUAAGGACCCUGCUUGUAACCUGGCGCUUGUGGAGCAGGUCCCAGGCACAGAGGAAGACCACAUCCAGGGCUGCUUUCUCCUCAACUGCCUCUACGAGCAGGCUUUCGUCUGCAGGUUUGCCAGGAAGGUCGGGUUUCUCAACUUCUUGAGGAAGGACGUCUACGAGUCCUAUCGGGCCAUGCGGGAUCACGGAUCUAGUGAUGACCGUCCUCCAAUAGCCCGCACUGGCAUGGACAUGAGGGUACAGCCAGGGGAGCCCGUGAUGCUGAGAGGCACAGAGAGCACAGAUGACCACAGGAUAGUCCUCUACGAAUGGAAACAGGUUCUUGGUGACUCCUCUGUGGAGAUGAAGCCCUUCUUUUGCAUUCUCAGAAGCCAUCGAAGAGAUCAGGUGGAAAUCUCCAACCUGAAGGCGGGGACUUACGUCUUCCAGCUCACGGUCACAGACUCUGCCCAGCAGCAAGACUUCACCAAACAUCCACCCAUCAUGGUGCUGAAUUCUGAGCAGACUGAAGAGCACUGUUUGACUCCUAAGAAGGUGGGCUGGUGUCGGGGAUCUUUUCCACGUUGGUUUUAUAACCCAAGGCUUCAGCAGUGUGAGGAAUUUAUUUUUGGUGGCUGCAAGCCCAAUAAGAAUAACUACUUACGGGAAGAGGAGUGUAAACUGGCCUGCAAGAAUGUUAGAGGUUCUGUUGGUGGGCGACAACAGCCAGUGUGCAAUGGGAACUGUCAGUCCCCUUUCUUCACAUGCAAGGAUGGCUGCUGCAUUGAUGCCUAUCUGGAGUGUGAUGAAACCCUCGACUGUGCUGAUGGGUCAGAUGAGAUGUACUGUGAACAAUAUGCUCGUGAGUUCAACAGACUGCAGAAAAUCAACAUCACACAGAAGCAAGGUCACUGUGUGGACUUGCCUGAUACUGGACAGUGCACCGACAGCAUCCUCCGCUGGUACUAUAACCCAUUCUCUGAGAAAUGUGACCCCUUCACCUAUGGGGGCUGUGGUGGCAACAGAAACAACUUUGAAGAAGAGGAAGCUUGCAUGAAGUCAUGUUCAGGCAUCACAAAAGCAGAUGCCAUUGGCCGGAGAUGGGAAUCAUUUGAGUCCCAGACUGCUAUCUUAAGUGCCUUCGAGGUGGUGAUUGCCGUGCUCCUCGGGAUCUGCAUCAUGGUGGUCCUGGCAAUUAUUGGCUACUUUUUUCUGAAGAACAGGAAAAACAGCCACCGCCAGCCAGCCACUGCCACCAACUCCACCCUCUCCACCACAGAGGACACUGAGCAUCUGUUCUACAGCAGUACCACAAAACCAGUCUGACCCACAGCCUCUCUCUUGCCAGCCCUCCCCAAAUCCCCGUUUUUUAAAGACAGAGGCUUCUGCCUGAAAGACUCUUUCUCUUCAAAGACUUUGAUAGCAACAGGCCGAGAUGUAGCCGUGAUUUGGCAGUACCAGUGUCUGUGAUUGCCUUGGCUAACUGGCUGCUCUGGAAAGUGAGAACCUGGGAGCAUUUUGAUGCUCUCUGUUAUCUAUCCUUUCCUAACCUCAAACAAUCCAAUGAAGCCCUGAAUUACAUCUUUAUUUCUGCUCAAACCCAGAGCACAUCUCCACUCAGCUCACUGAAGGACCCUGGGUCAGUAUCUGUGUAGCAUUUGCAUUGGUGAAUGGUGCAAGCUCACCAGAGCCAGCAAUUUUUUGUCUCCAGUGCCACUUUCUUCCACUCAAUGUCAUAUUUUCCUCCCUUCCUCCCAAUCCUCUACAAGGUGGCCCUGCCUCCCAGCAGUCCUCCUGAUCAUGGUGAGCAUCUUGAGGGCUAUGUGAUUCAUAUAACCAUCCAGACCUGUUCCAAGGGCUCUGUGACACUCCCCAGUGGUUCUUGUUUUCAAGAUGGAAGGAAACAGAAAAAUCUGCUUUAAUCACUAGGUUUUGCUUUUUAACAGAAAAGCACAGAUUAUUUUUUUUCUGCCUGGCUGCUAUAUUGCAGCCUCUUACGUGCAGUAUGUGUCCAGCAUCUUCUCUUUGUGGGUUGUCCUGGUUGCUUUUCCAGUCUGACUUCAAACACCGUGACAAAAUAUCUAUUUUUUUUUUUCUCAUGUGAAAGAAGAGGAAAUGUUCCUAAUUUUCCUGCUGAUGGUGAAGGCAGGGUAGAAGGAUCCUGCUCCCUCUCAGUUGGACUUUUGCUGUAGCUUUGAUCUUACUGUGCUCUCCCCAGAGCACAGGAGCAGUCCAGGUACCAGCAGCUGGUGUCACUGGGCUUCCUCGCUCCUGCUGGGCCAUCCCUCCCAGUGCAAGAUGAUCCCAGCUUUGGGAGGUCCAGAGUUGAUCCCUGGCCCCAUAGCAGUGUGUAACUUCCCCACUUGUAUUGUGGGGCCCCAUGUGUUUCCCCCAUUUGCAGUGGGGUGCUCCCCAGCUGGGUACUACUGCAUCUCUGUCGUGCAAGCUGAUACCUCUAGGAUGUGAGGACUUCUGUUGGGGGCAGAAGCUGUUUCUGAAAUGCCUGGGAUACCUUGUUGGCUAAGGGAUUGGCAACAAUCCUGUAACUGCUGUGAAGAGAGAGGAAACUGAUGUACGUGUGUCUGUGUGCGUGUGUGUGUGUAUAUAUGUAUAAGAAGCAUAAAUCUAUUUACAGUUUUUAGUUUAAACGCU